CCAUUUCCCACUUUGAUUGGCCUAAUUUCAUUAUCGAAGGCUGGGGUUAUCUUAAUUUGCUGAGAUGCAGUUUGUCAGCUUACACCGAGCUGGAAGCGCCCCGUCUCAUAGCCGCAAGGCAGAUUCCAUGUUGGAUCAAUAAAUAUGGGGUCGUUUCCCGGGACCUUCUUUGAGGUCCUCAUGAUGCCAGUGACCUUUCAUUCUCAAAACUUUGUUCAAUUCCAAACAACCACCGCCUACAACACUCACUGACCCUUGUUUAUCCCUUCCACCAGAAUGUCUGACAAGUUUCUCACGGUCCCACGCCAUACAACCGGAAGAAAGCUGCCGAUACCUGCUGCAUCCACCACUAGCAUUCCGAGCAGGUGCAUCAGUCCCGAGAAACUAAACAGACUUCUAAAUGAGAAGUUUCCAUCUGGAAACUAUAACGUGGACGUCAGUCAAAAUGUGUAUCAAAUACGAGCACCCAGGCAUCUCAGCGAGCUCGAGCUUUUUCGGUAGCGAAUCCCGUGGCUGGCUUAAGACCAUUGUACAUAACAACCUUUCAUCGUUCAUGUGAUCUAGGGCUUAGGCACGACUGGAUUGCUGGGGAAGUUGAAACUUGACACCUUAUUUACACCCAUUGAUUUCAUAACCUGUAUUUCAAACACGAUCCGUUCAACAUCGACCAGAACUAUCAGUAUCUCUCGUCUUAAUAUUUAUUUGAGAACGAACUACUUCAAAAGCCGCUUGCGCCCAUCACACAUGUCCUGAAACAUGGCAAAUAGUACAAGCCAUUGGCAUUUCCAGGGGUUCAGGGGCAAGAGUGGACCCCUGGAUCCACUUAUCAAAACAACUUUCCUGACAAGGACAAAGUCUACAGAGCUUGAAGUCCAAGAGUGUGUUUACCAAAGCGUGGAGUAUAACUCCCUCUCUAGCGACAUGAUAGGGCGGUACAUAAGAAAAGCAAGCGUGAUUUUUGACAUCGACUGAAUGAAAUAACAAAUUACCUGACAUCCGUUUGGUCAUCAACACCUCUUGGCAGUGUUCACCCCCCGUCUUCCAUCUGCUUCGCGACAUCCG